ACACAUCUGGUAUAUAAUAUAAAUACAGUCAUUUAGGUAAUACAUACUCCAGAAAUAAUAAAAUCGUUAAACCAGUCAGUCGGAGAUUUUGAUUUUUAAUAUUUCAUAUUUCACGGUAUAAAAAUUAAAUUGUAAACGAAUAAUAUGAAUCGUGGAUUCGUAUCUUCCCCGUCCGUGGUAGUUUAUAUUAUACUCGCGCUGACCGCCGCCAUCUGCGUACAUUAUACGGAUGCAGAGUGCUGGGACACGGGCUGUCAAUUGGACUCGUGGUUGGUCAAAGGUUGCGAGUAUUACGGUAUGACGGAGACCAAACGCAAGUCGUGCGAAGACAAUCGAGCGGGAUACGUGUAUUCCUGCUGUCACCAAUCGAAUUCGAUAGAUUCAUCGGAUGUACAGCAACUGAACAAAUUAGGAGACCUCACCUACUACAAUUUGGGGUUGACAGCGUGCGGUCAAGUCUACACCGACGACGAAAUGGUUGCGGCAAUAGCGUUCGGUCAUUUCACCACUCCGAAUCCUAAUUUAGAUCCUAUGUGUGGCAAACGGGUUAAAAUAAUGGACCCAACUACGUCGAAAUCUAUAGUGGUGACAGUGAGAGACAAAUGCGAAGCCUGCAAGAUGAAUGAUAUCGAUGUGUCUCCGUCUGCGUUUGAAAAACUUAAACCGAAAACUGUUGGUAGAUUCAAAGUUGUUUGGGAUUUUAUUUGAUAUGCAUUAUGUAUGGUGUAGUCGUAUGGACUGUACCUUAUAGUUUAAAUUUGAGUGUGUAUUGUACAUAGUAUACAUAGGUAUCUGAUAAUAUUUAUUAUAUUUAUUUAUUAUUAAAUUAUAUACCUAUACAAUUAUUCAAUAAUAUAUAAUAUUAACAAUUAUUAUAUUCUACUAUGGUGUGGCUUUUGUAAUCUAUUUCAUUUGAAAAAAUUAAAACGUGUUAAAUUACUUAACAUUUCAUUAAA